CAGAGCAGUCUGCAUCACGCUGGUGGUGAGCUACGUGGAGAAGGCGACCGAAACCCUAGGAAAUUCAGGCAAGAAGCGAAGUGCUCCCUUUCUCGGCCAGGGAGGUCGCAACUGGGGAAUUAAGAAGAAAACUUCUACUAUUGACCAUUUAUGCGGCAAAUAGUCGGCAUUGCUCUAGUUCUUUAUUCGGAAAGGGAAGCGAAGUUCUAUCUUUGCUCAAUUAUGUGGUGAAUGGCAGACGUAGAACAAGUUCUGAUGUCAGAUGGAAACUUACGGGGGACACAGAAGUCUUGGGAUAUCCGAGUCAGCUGUUUGACAAGAUGAUAUGGGAGUUUUGGGAUCUCUUGUGAACGUGCCACUGAAUCUUGAAACAAAUGAAGAAUCAAGCUUCUACUUUGGAACAUAUAUGCCACAGUAAACAGUGGGUUUAUUCUAGCCAUGUAGUAUGAUAGGGAACAAAUUUCUAUCUUUGCUCAACUAUGCGGGGAACGGCAGCAGACCCAUCGCAAGCUGCAAGUUCAGAUUGAGGCCUGAGAAGGACACAUAAGGGUUUGGAGGCAGAUCAGUGAGCACCACACUGGUGGCGACGGACGUGGAGAAAGCAACCAAAAUCCUAGAAAAUCCAGGCAAGAAGCGAAGUGCUCUCUCUCUCUCGGCCAGGGAGGCCCCAACUGGGCGAGCUCCAGCCUUAAACGCAGCAACUCGCUGCUGCUCUUUUCUCUGACAGUGACUUAACUCUUUCUCAAAAGCAAGUUUGCUUCACCCAGUCUGUCACUUGUGAGAGCAACAGCUCACUCAUCAUGGCAGAGAACUUACUUUCUUGAAUUGGUACAGAUGGAGAGAUUCAGUUGCCUUCUUUAUCCAUUGGCAGAACAAAAAAAGAUAUCCGCUUUGGAUUGGUUCCUGCUUAUGCAGUUUCGUUAACCCAUGGGGGUUUUCGGCACCUCACACCACUCCUUCGAGGACGGCGGGUACCGCAGGUACUUCGCGCCGCCGCCGCCGCCUCCCUUCCCGCGCAACCUCCCUUUCCUGCUCGGGCACCACGCUGGGCUGCGUGGCGGUGAAGCCUCGCCCCAAGCGCCUACUGACGAUGGCAGCCAGUACAGCCCGCGUCGCCACGGCCCCAUGGACCGUCUGUCGCUCUUCCCCGAGCCUCGUGUUCUGCUGCUGCAUGCGCCGCCGACGUCCGCGGCUGCCUCUCCUGCGUCCUCACCGCGGAGCGUUGCGCCGGUGUCCCCGCCGCGGAGCGCAGCGCCUCCGGCUGCUGCUGCUCCUCUUUGGAGCGCCGCUCGCUUGGACGUGGACACGGCUGACGAGGAGCAGUGGGAGACGGUGCUUGGCUCCUCCCGCUGCCGCCGCAAGGAGAAGGCGCGUGCCAAACGCGACGCAUGCAAAGCCGCGGUGCGCAAAACCAGUGCUCGCCUCGCGCUGAAGGAACAGGCUGAGCAUGUCACCAUCUUGACCAGGGCCUGCAAGCUCAGGGCGCUGAAAGACGCGCUCAAGGGCUGCACCGCCACUCUCCAGUCCCACGUCAACAAGGAGAAAAUCCUUGAUGCCGUCAAAAAGCCGCUCGGAAUGAAGCCUGCGUCCCAGCUUGGGUCCGCUGCCUUUGGCGCGGCUGCCAUGGUGAACUUCGGUGCCGAUGUUUAGCAGCUUACCUAGCAUCAACGAUGUCCGCCGCGCUGUGUCUGUAGGCUGCGCCUCGCUCGUUGUCCUGCCUAGGGUCUCCUUCCAUCCCCAUGUCUGUGCGUCGUCCAUGUAUGGGUUCAGCUCUGUCCUCUGUGUGUGCGUUGUAUCCUCGGUGUUUACUUUGGUUUAUGGAUAAUCUAGCUUUCUUAAAA